CCAAUCUAACCCAGAACAACUGUCCCACUCCACGAUUUGUUCAGUCGCCGACUGAGACUCGUACCGGCUGAGUCUCAGGCGCAAGUGCCCUCUCCCCUCUCGUUCGAAUCACCAUCAGAUGCAACUCUGCACUUCACCCGAACUUUCGCUCCCAUUCUCUCUGACGUGUUGUAUGUUUAUCAAUGAAUAGACAUUCAAACAUGUCACGAUAAUUUUCCCCAAGACUGAUCAGUUGAAUUUAUAAUUACAGUAGCUGUGAAAAAAUUGUACUUGAAUAAUUGAACAGUCAAGUGCAUAAUUUAUCUGAUAAUCGAGUUUUAUUGGAGAACGAAAGGGGAGUGAAUUUUUAUUUUGAAAUAAUAGUUUGACUGAGGAGAAAAUAAAAUAAUCUAAUCACAAUGAUGAACGAGCACAACGAGGCAAUGGAGAUUAAGAUCGAGCCUAGUUCGGAGGAGGAACUGAAAAUACAAAAGCGUCGCGGUCUUAUCCAUCAAAUGACAAUGAGUAUUUUUGCGAAUAUCUCGAUACUCGGACCGGCGAUGGGGUUCGGCUACAGCGCUGUUAUACUCCCAGUCCUGAAGAGCGGCAAGAGCGAUGUGACGAUUGAUAACGAUCAAGGAUCUUGGAUCGCCAGUGCUGCUGCCUUCGGAACCCCCAUUGGCUGCAUUCUAUCCAGUUUCGUAAUGCGAAGAGGCAGAAGACUGAGUCUCUUGGUGACAUCGACAUUCUCGUUAAUCGGAUGGUUACUAAUCUACAUGUCUACCAAUUACGAGAAAUUAAUUGUCGGGAGGAUUGUCGGGGGAAUCGCCACGGGUCUUGCCUCGGUACCGGCAACUGUUUACACAGCUGAGAUUGCUGACUCGGAGUGGAGGAGCACCAUGGUCACGUGGAGCAGCAUGGCCAUAGCCAUCGGAAUUCUCAUGGUUUACAUAUUCGGAUAUUUCAUACAGGAAAAUUGGCGUCUGAUAGCUCUUCUGUGCGGUCUCUUCCCAGCGGCGGCGAUAAUCAUCACCAUCCUGGCCAUCCCCGAGUCGCCAAUUUGGCUGAGAGACCGAGGGCGCAUGGACGAGGCCCGCGUGGUUAUGAAGAAAUUUCGUGGUGUACCGAAGGAUCACCCCGUCACCGCCGAAGUUGAAGCCGAACUUCGUCACACAAGACACCACCAGAAUAAGAAGAAGCAAUCGCUGUUGAAGAACAUCGCCAAGCGCAGUUCUCUCUAUCCAUUCGUAAUAAUGCUGGCUUACUUCUUCUUCCAGCAAUUCUCCGGUAUUUUUGUUAUUGUUUAUUACGCCGUCGAUAUUACCGCCGAGGCAGGAAUGAAGAUGGACAAGUUCGUUGGGGCCAUUUUGAUCGGAAUGACGCGAGUCAUUGGCACCCUAUUGGUGAGUUACGUCUCGAAGAUAUGGGGCAAGAGGAAGCCCUCGAUAGCAUCCGGGGCUGGAAUAACAAUUUUCAUGGGAAUUCUAUCGAUUUACUUGUAUUUACAAGGAAAAGGUCAACAAAUUAACGAUCACGGAUUUAUUCCGGCGAUUUGCAUUCUCAUGUACAUCUUCAUGAGCACCAUUGGAUUCUUGAGCCUACCCUUUGCCAUGAUUGGCGAAAUAUUUCCAGCCAAGGUCAAGGACGUUCUCUCUGGUUUGACAACCUGUGCGGCGUAUAUAUUUAGUUUCAUAACGGUUAAAACUUAUCCCAGUAUGCUACACUCGAUGGGGAAACACGGGGUUUUCUUCUUCUACACGAUUAUCUCGCUGUUGGGGACUAUUUUUGUGGCCAUGUUCCUGCCGGAGACGAGGGGAAAGACACUCCAUGACAUUGAUGUGCUGUUCUCCAAGAAACGUAGGGAACAUGUUGUUGAGGUGCAGAUUAUGGAGAAGGAGAAAAUAGUGCCGAUGAAGAACAUGACUGCUGCGUAGAACGACGUUGCAAUACACUGAUAGAAUGAUUCGUUCAUUCCAAACGAGAGUCGUUAACUAUUAACGAAUGGUAGAGUUGAAUAUGA